AUGAAUCCCUCACCUUACUCAAAUGAUCAGUAUACGGUUGGCUGGAUCUCCGCCUUGAGCGAUGAGUUCAAGGUAGCCAUGGCUAUGCUGGAUGAGGAGCAUGGCAGGCCGCAGUCAACACCUCGAGAAGACACCAACAUGUAUCAUUUGGGCAAGAUCGGCGCGCACAACGUUGCGAUGGCUUGUUUACCGGGAGGGCAAACGGGAACUGGCCCAGCCGCUGUCGUGGCAGAGAACAUGCGCCGCACCUUCAAAGGCAUAAGAUUUGCUCUCCUUGUGGGGAUUGGAGGGGGUGUCCCAGGCAAGGGAAAAGAUAUCCGUUUGGGUGAUGUUGUGGUGAGCUAUCCCACUGGGACCUACACCGGAGUUGUACAAUACGACUACGGGAAGCUCAAGGGCAAUGGUCACAUCCAAAGAAAAGACUGGUUCUCCCCGCCACCUAGCAAGUUUCUGUCUGCGGUUACUUCUCUUGAGGCAUAUCAUACAAGACCCAAGAACCCGAUCAACCGUAUGCUGGACUUCCUCGACGAGCUGGGCGAGGACUACACAUACCCUGAACCAGAUGAGACUCCCGAUCACUUGUACAAAGCGGAUCAUAAUCACAUUCCCGAUGCUGGAACAUGUGAUUCCUGCAACCCAGAAGCACUGAUUUCACGAAAACGCCGCAAAACCCCAAGCAAGCCAUGUGUCCACCUUGGUAUCAUUGCGUCGGGAAGUAUGGUGUUAAAAAGUGGAACCGAAAGAGACAAGAUCAACCAGCGGUAUGAGAACUAG